AUGUCUUGCUCCAGCCUGUCCUAUCCAGAAUGCGGGGUGGCCCGUCCCAGUCCAGUUUCUGGCAGCUGCAACGAGCCGUGUAGGCAGUGCCCUGACUCUGAAGUGAUCAUCCAACCAUCACCAGUUGUUGUAACCAUCCCAGGACCAAUUCUUAGCAAUUUUCCUCAGCAGAGUGAAGUGGCAGCCGUUGGAGCACCUGUGGUCGGACCCGGCUAUGGGGGCUCAUUCGGUUAUGGGGGAUUGAACGGCUAUGGGGGCGCUUAUGGAGGAUUGUAUGGUUACGGGGGAUUAGGUGCUUAUGGGGGCCGUUAUGGUUACGGGGGAUUGUGUGGUUACGGGGCCGUUAUGGUUUACCUCCAUCACAGAAAGAUGUCUUGCUCCAGCCUGUGCUAUCCAGAAUGCGGGGUGGCCCGUCCCAGUCCAGUUUCUGGCAGCUGCAACGAGCCGUGCGUUAGGCAGUGCCCUGACUCUGAAGUGAUCAUCAGACCAUCACCGGUUGCCGUAACCCUCCCAGGACCAAUUCUCAGCACUUUCCCUCAGCACAGUGAAGUGGGAGCUGUUGGAGCACCUGUGGUCGGACCCGGCUAUGGGGGCUCAUUCGGUUAUGGGGGAUUGAACGGCUAUGGGGGCGCUUACGGAGGAUUGCAUGGUUACGGGGGAUUAGGUGGUUACGGGGGCCGUUAUGGUUAUGGGGGAUUGAGUGGUUACGGGGGCCGUUAUGGUGGACUGUGUGGUUAUGGAGGAGGUUACGGGGGACUGUGUGGUUACGGGGGAGGUUACGGAGGAUUGUGUGGUUACGGGGGAGGUUACGGUUAUGGAGGAGCAUGUGGUUCUGGGGUAUCUUGCCAUAGGUACCUGAGUGGAAGCUGUACACCAUGUUAA